AUGCUCAAAAAAUUGAAAUAGCAAACCAAGGAUGCUUUUAAUAAACAUUUUGGUAAGGAUCAAUACAAAGAAAUGAAAGAAGAAGAAUUUAAUAAUAAACAAGAUUUUUCAAAAUCACCACUUAGUCUCCCAAAUUAAAUCUAACCAGAUUCAAACAUAGAUGGGAAUGAUUAAGCAAAUUGUACUGAGUUUAUUUUUAAAUAGUUAAUCAAAACUUUGAUUAAAAUGCGUCUGAUGUUCCUUAAUUAGAUUUCAAUAAAGCAAUAAUACCAGAAGAACUGAUUCAGCAAAUGUAAGAAUAAGAAAUCAAAGAGAUUGCCGAAGAGCAGGCAAACAAAAAAUAUGUAAAGCCUAAAAAAAAUGAUGAAAUUCCAGACUUUCUUAAUUAAAAAAUAUGUUUGGAUGAAAAUGGUGAUAACUAUUAUGAAGUGGCAGCUAAAAAGGCUAAAGAGUAAAAUAGUACUAUGUAUUAGUUGAAGACUUUUGUAUCCAAAUAAGCAACAAGUGCGUAAAAAUAAGUCAAAGUAAUUAAUUAUAACUCCAUUUUUUAGAAAUAAUUAAAAAAAUUAGACACUCAUAUAAAAAAUAAAAUACUUGAAAAAAAAUAACAUAUUAAUCUUUGGAUUGCAGGAUAGGUUGAUACUUAAAUUGUUAGUUUAAUGAGUAGGAUAGAACCUAAAAUUACUGAAAGUGUCUAAAAAUCUGUACCUUACGAUUUUAUGUAAGAUUUUUUUUAGGAUGCUGCAAUCAAUUUAUGGAAAGAUUUCACUGACUUAAUUAGAUUGGAAUUAAGAGCUAAAUUAGAAACUAGUAAAGUAGAAAUUAGGAAAAGGGAUUCAAAAGGAAUAAUUUAAUAGAUAAGAAAUUUUAUACUAUAUUCUCUUUAUCCUGCAGAUCUCACUAAUCGUGAUCAUAUGAGAAGAAUCUCAUAUCAAAUCAUGAAAAUUUGUUAAUUACUUCCAUAUAUGGGUAUUUAGCCUAUGAUGUUUAUUAUUAUACUAUUAUGCAUUAAUAAAGUAUUCAUAAAUAAUUAUAAAGGAUGAAGAAUUUUAAUUAGUCAAUUAUAUUGCUGAGUAUAAAUCUAUGUAAUUUAUUACUAAUGGACUUCUUCCAUGUUUUCUUGCCUAUUUUCAUUAUUUGUUUUUUGAUUGUGGACCUGGAAAUCAUCAUUAAGUUCACAUUCUUAUUUUUACAUUAAUCGUUUAAGUUUUAAAUGUUUGGAUAGCAUAUAUUUUUUUAAGAAAAUCUUAUUCCAGAGGGGCUUUUUUAAAAGAAUAAUUGACAAUUGCAUAAGAUUCAAAAGGAGGCAGACUUAAAUAUUUUCUAAUUUAUGAUUUUAUUUCCUUGAAUAUUGCAAUCAUAAUGUCAAGUAAAGAUUAUUUAAUUAUUUUAGUAAUAUUAUAUAUUUAUAAAAUAAAAGAUAGUUCUACUUAAUCAUUUGGAGAUUUGUUAUUUUUUACUAGAACAAUGUAUGCUUUACUUUGUAUUCCUUUUGUAUUUUUUAUUUUUCCCUUUUUCGUUAAAAUGUUAACUAACGGUAUUCCGACUGGAUAUGAUAAAUAUGGAAAUUGUAUCCCAUCAUUGAGCACAAUUUAAAUAUAAUACAAGGAAACUAAAUUCAAAAGAUAAACAAUAGUUGAUAUAGAAGAAAUCCUUGAAAGGGAUAUUGAUGAAGAAAAUGAAAAAAAUCUUAAAGAAUAAGAAUAAGAAGAGUAAAAUAAUAAUAAUUAAGAAACAAAAAAUGAGAAUUUUAAAGAAAACGAAAAUGAAUAGAAAAAUAGUAAAAAAAAAAAGAAUAAAAAGGAGAUACAAAAAACAAUAGGAUGA